CCCCCUCUCUGCCAUUAUUGCCCGCGCAGCCAUCCUCUCUCUCCCUCGCCCGCCCUCUCGCUAUAUGGGGUCCUGCUCCUCGCUUCCCCAUCCAGUUCUCCCACCGCCUCCUCCUCUGCUUCCUCCUCGCCCUGCUCCCGUCGCACGCGCACGCGCGCUCGUGAGCCGAGCUCCGCCUCGCACGUCCACACACGCUACCCGCCAUCCGCGCCCGGUUCUCCCCUCACCGCGAUUCAUACCACCACCACAACUUCCUCAACAUUCCGCUUCACUAAUCCCGAGCGCCGGGACUCGUUUAGGCCGGCGGUCGUGGGCGAGAUACUGCUCUGCUAGCCGCCUGCGCAUGUGAGGCCGAUGGGGGAGCAGGUGGCUGUGGUGCUGGAGCCGCCGCGGCCCAAGUCGCCGCCGAGGUACCCGGACUUGUGCGGCCGCCGCCGGCUGCAGCUGGAGCUCCAGAUCCUCAACCGCGAGGUCGACUUCCUCAAGGACGAGCUACAAUCACUUGAAGGAGUUCCACCAGUUUCUAGAAGCUGUAAAGAGGUAAAUGAGUUUGUUGGUACAAAACAAGAUCCCCUACUACCAAUAGAGAAAAAGAGGCACAGAUCCUGCGGUCUUUUUUGGUGGAUCGGAUCAAAAUUGUGCAUAUGCGUGCCAUGGAUCUGCUGCUCCUGCCAGUGCUUGCCCAAGUGCAAAAGGCCAUGUUGCUUCGAUUGCUCUUGCUGUUCAUGCCCUGAUGUGUCGUGCUGCAAGCCUAGCUGCAAAUCUUGCAACAAGCCGUGCUGCGGGCCGAACAGCUGCUCAUGUUGUAACGUGUCCUGCUGCAAACCUGAUUGCCCAUCCUGUAGUCCAAGCUGCAGCUCGUGCUGCAAACCAAACUGCAGCUCAUGUUGCAGUCCGUCGUGCUGCAAACCAAACUGCAGCACGUGCUGCAAACCGAACUGCGGCUCAUGCUGCAAACCAAAAUGCAGCUGCUUUGGGCUCCCCUCAUGCUGCAAGUUCCAGUGCAGCCCAAACUGCUGCACCUGUACCAUGCCGAGCUGCUCCGGCUGCAACCCCUGCGGCAGUUGCAAGGGGUGCUGCUCAUGCCCCAGCGACUGCUGCAACCGCAAGCCAAACUGCAGCUGCUUCAGCGCACAAUGUUGCAGUUGCGCGGAAUGCUACUCCUGCACCUGCCCCAGUUGCUCCAGCUGCUUCAGUUGCUUCGGGUGCUUUAAAUCGUGGAAGUGCUCGAACCUGUUCGGGGGGUGCUGCUCCUGCAAGCAGUGCUUCAAGUGCCAGUCCUCGUGCUGCAAGGGGGCACCCUCCUGCUGCAAGUGCCAGUCGUCUUGCUGCGAGGGUGAAGACGGCAGCAGCUGCUGCUGGAGAUCGUGCUGCAGCGUUCCGAAGCCUUCGUGCCCCGGGUGCUCGUGCGGGUGUGUUUGGUCGUGCAAGAAGUGUACAGAAGGGUGUCGAUGUUCUGGGUGCCGGAAUCCGUGCUGUGCCACCGGAUGCUUGUGCUGAAGUUGAUGUAGACGUUUUCUUGUUUCUUUUUCUUUUGGUGUCUGUUCCUUUGGUUUCGUUCGUACUUCGAUAUAUGGCGUGUUGCUUUUUCUGUAAAGAAAUGCCAAAUCAUCAGAUGAUAUUGAAGCUAGCAUCGAUAGUCAUCAAGUAUAAAAAUGCGGGUGCCUUUUGACUUUA